CUGGAGUCUCCAUAAGAGGGAGGAGAGAGUCCGGAUGCACAUCAUCAUCCCCGGAGCGGAGCUCAAAGCUUUGGGGGUUCUGCCUGGACCCACAUGAACCAGCUGCUGCUUGAAACCGAACCCGAAUCUCAGGAAGAAGAAGAAGAAAAAAAAACUGCGACAAACAGACUUAAAGUGCAGGACAGAAAAUGACACUCUUCAGGAUUUUGGUCUUCCUGUGUGCCGUCCUGGCUCUGUCAAACGGGGCUGAUCCCGGAGUUCCUUACGUCAAAAGAAGAAAGGCACAAACCUCAGCGGAUGGCAGUAAUGUCCUACAGUACCCUCCUCAAGUUCUGCAGAGCCAUAGUUACGACAGGGAUCGCAAGGGCCACGGCAGCCAGAGGGUCCGCUCUGCCAAGGGCGGAGCUGGGCUCCUCUCCCACAGGGCCCUGCAUCCUCUGCCCAGGCCCGAGGACGACGGGACAGGCCUGGAGGGGCUGAGCCCGGUGAGGCUGGAAAUGGGCCCCGGCAGGGACAGGGUUCGAUUGAGCGUGAAAAGUCAAAGCCAGGCCCAGGAAAACCAGCUCCUGGGGACACGUAAGGGGAGGGGACACGGGAAUGGACACGGGCACUCCUCUGAGUACAAGAGACAAGGGAGCCGACGGGACAAGAUGAGACACAGAAAAGGGUUUCCUUCAGAGCCCGGGCUGAGCUUGGCGUUUAAAGACAGAGACCGAAUCGAAGAUCCUCCCCCCUCCUCGUCCUCAUCAGCCCCCUCCCCCUUCCUCGGCGUGACCCCACCCAAUGAACCCCCCUCCCCCUUCAUUAGCCUCCUUGGCUCUGGCUCCUCCAUGGUUACCACGGUGAUGAGCGAGCAUCCCCCAGCGCCGCCUCCAGCCUCCACCAAACCCCAGCGGUCUGGACAAGGACAAGGAGAAGUGAUGCCAACGCUGGACAUGGCGCUGUUUGAUUGGACAGACUACGAGGACAUGAAACCUGUAGAUACCUGGCCAUCUUCCAAGAAGAAAGACAAGAGGCGGAGUAAGAACCUCAGCAGUGGAAAUAUGACUGCAGACGCUGGUGCAAUCGAGCCAUGCGACCACCACCUGGACUGUCUUCCUGGUUCCUGUUGUGACCUGAGACAACACGAGUGUGAACCUCACAACAGAGGCCUCAACAACAAAUGCUACGAUGACUGCAUGUGCGAGGAAGGGUUUCGGUGCUACGCUAAAUUCCACCGGAAGCGACGAGUGACACGAAGGAAGGGUCGCUGCGUGGUGCCAGAUUCAGUCAGCAGCGACCACGGAGGCUUCAUCACUAUAUGAGGACGAACAGAGAAGACGAAGAUGAAGAAGAACCACACAAUCACUCAAAUACGACAGGAUAGCCACGACACUGCUAACAAGUUAGGUGUUUAAAGGGGAUCUCUGUUUGCUUUGUUUUUGUUUUACAAAUCAGGACAAAUAUAAUAAUCAAUCACAUGCAAACGUCAAAAAUAGCUGGUGACUAAACUGAUUUUUUUUAAAUUAUUAUUGGAUUAGUUAUACAUCUUUUCCAGCAAAGUACCGUCUUUAAGCACCCAGUUUAACACAGGAAACUUAGAUUUGUUCUCAUGAUUGUUACAAUAAAACAGUGGCUUUGACUCAGUGCAUCUAUAAAAAUAUGGUUUUAUUUUGCAUUGGUUUGAACAAAUGAAUUCAAGAACAGACUUUUCACUCAGUUAAAUGUGUAGAUUUAAAUUCUCGAUGAUGGAUGGAUGGUUUAAAAUCACAUACUGCAUUUUUAACCUAAACAUGUCCCACAUUUAUUUGCAACUGAUCUGAUUUAAACACUGAUAAGUAUUAAUUUUAUCUUUUUAGAGUCCAGGAUGUGUUUAUUUUACUGCUUUAAAACAGUCAAAUCAAACAGUUAAGUCACAAAAAUGAUGAUUUGUUGUGAUUUGUGUGUGUGUGUGUGUUCUGUUACAUGUCUUUUAUUACUGACAUAAUUUUCCAUAUAAUUUGUGAAUGUGAUUUAAAUCUUUCGACCUUGAAUUAUAAUUAAUAAAAUGUUUUGGAGGCCAAGAAGAUUUUCUUUGAAAUCCAUUUGAACGAUGCCAUCAACAAUACGCUUGUUUUCUAUCACACGUGUCCUAAUAUAUGUUUUAUUUAUUGUGUUCAGAUAUGCUUGUGUUCUUCUGUUUUCAUGAUUAAACACUUACUAAGAUAAA